CCGCCACUAGGGGCCGCCGUUAGCCCCGCAGCAGCUACAGCCGCAAAAGUGCGCCGCCCGGGUUUCCAGCCGGGCCUCUUUCCCAGCCGGUCCCCGACAUGGCUGCCCCCAGGGCUGCGGGUCGGGGAGCUGUCGCGCUCUCGCUUUCUUGACAGCCCCUGACUUCUGUGUUCUCCUUGCCUACCCCACGCCACUCCAGCAGACAUGUUUGCAAAGGCCUUUCGGGUCAAGUCCAACACGGCCAUCAAGGGGUCGGACAGGCGAAAGCUUCGUGCUGAUGUAACCGCUGCUUUCCCCACCCUUGGAACGGAUCAGGUCUCUGAGUUAGUACCUGGAAAGGAGGAACUCAAUGUUGUGAAACUGUAUGCUUACAAAGGGGAUGCAGUGACUGUGUACAUGAGUGGUGGUAACCCCAUCCUGUUUGAGCUGGAGAAAAAUCUAUAUCCCACAGUGUACACCCUGUGGUCCUAUCCAGAUCUUCUGCCAACUUUCACGACAUGGCCUCUGGUACUUGAAAAACUGAUGGGGGGAGCAGAUUUAAUGUUGCCGGGACUGGUGGUGCCCCCUGCUGGUCUGCCUCAGGUACAGAAGGGUGACCUCUGUGCCAUUGUCUUGGUGGGGAACAGGGCCCCUGUUGCCAUUGCGGUCGCUGCCAUGUCCACAGUUGAGAUGGUGACUUCAGGCCUGAAGGGCAGGGGCUUCUCCGUGCUCCACACCUACCAGGAUCACCUGUGGCGAUCAGGAGACAAGUCCCCUCCACCAUCCAUCGCUCCACUGGCCCUGGAUGCCCCUGAGCUCAGUGACAACAAGGGCUCUGUCCAGGUGGACUCUGCCCUGCAGGGAGACAUGAGGCAUCUGACCCUGGAAGGAGAGGAGGAAAAUGGGGAGGUGCAUCAAAUCUGCGGGGAGAAGUCCCCCUUAGAAGCCUCAGAAGACCCUAAAGUUGGGAGCUUGACCCUUGGGCCCACAGACAGCAAGACCCUUCAAGAGCAAAUGGAUGAACUAUUGCAGCAAUGCUUUUUGCACGCUUUGAAGUGCCGUGUCAAAAAGGCUGACCUCCCGCUACUCAGCAGCACUUUUCUUGGCAGCCACAUGUUCUCCUGCUGCCCUGAAGGACGACAGCUGGAUGUAAAGAAGUCGAGCUACAAAAAGCUCUCUAAGUUCCUGCAGCACAUGCAGCAGGAGCAGAUUAUACAGGUGCAGGAGCUGAGCAAAGGGGUGGAGAGCAUUGUAGCUGUGGACUGGAAGCACCCGAGGAUCACCUCUUUCGUCAUACCCGAGCCCUCCCCGACUUCCCAGACUGUCCAGGAGGGUAGCAGGGAACAGCCCUAUCACCCUCCAGAUAUAAAACCCCUCUACUGUGUCCCAGCCAGCAUGACCCUGCUCUUCCAGGCGUCUGGCCACAAGAAGGGGAGCACCCUCGAGGGCAGUGAGGUCCGCUCUAUCGUUAUUGACUACGCCAAGAAAAAUGACCUAGUUGAUGCAGACAACAAAAAUCUUGUGAAGUUGGACCCCAUCCUGUGUGACUGCAUCUUAGAGAAAAAUGAACAGCACACGGUCAUGAAGCUUCCUUGGGACAGUCUCCUGACCAGAUGUUUGGAAAAAUUACAGCCUGCCUAUCAAGUGACCUUUCCCGGACAAGAGCCCAUUGUGAAGAAAGGGAAAAUCUGCCCCAUUGACAUCACCCUGGCACAGAGAGCUUAUAAUAAAAAGGUGACUGUGGUCCGGAACUUGGAAGCCUACGGCCUGGACCCGUGCUCAGUGGCUGCCGUCCUGCAGCAGCGAUGCCAGGCUAGCACCACCGUCACGCCUGACCCCGGGGCCAAGGACAGCCUGCAGGUCCAGAUCCAGGGAAACCAGGUCCACCACCUCAGCCGGCUGCUGCUCGAAGAGUAUCAGCUUCCUCGAAAACACAUCCAAGGCCUAGAGAAGGCCUCCAAGCCUGGUAAGAAGAAGUGACAGACGCUGGAUUCAUGAAGUGGAUCCAGUGGGAAUCUAAGCUCUGGGCUGGUAAUUUAUACGAGCAUUUUCAGCUUUUGCAAAUAAAAAAAUAUAUUUACCAAAAUAAAUUUUUAUUCUCAUCUAAA